AUGAAAUUGGCAAAGAUUCCAGAUGCAUUUGGCUUAGAGGAACUCAGCAAGGGAUUCUUUCCUCAUUUUUUCAAUACAAAAGAAAAUCAGACUUACGUGGGUCCCUACCCUGCUCUACAAUUUUACGGAUACGAUUUCAUGUCGUCGGGAGAAAGAAAAAAGUUAGCCUUGUGGCAUGCAAGCAAGAGUUCCGAAGUUUUUAACUUUCAAGAAGAAAUGUUAAAAUACUGUCGCUCCGACGUUGAUAUACUGAGAAGGGGUUGCAUAGCCUUUCGAAAUACCGUCCUUCAAGCCACGACAAGAGAGAGUUCAAGUGUUCAACCCGAUGGCACGACUUCAAAGACUACCAUUGAGGGUGUGGACCCCUUUGCCUAUGUAACGAUCGCCAGUGUGUGCAUGGGUAUUUACAAAACUUUAUUUCUCAAGCACAAUGUUGAAGUUGAAAUUACGAGAGACUUGACGUCCACUUGGCAGACGUUGGAUGACUGUGAGGGGGUGACGGGUGUAUGGCUCGAUGGAAAAUGGAGUGCUCUUAGUGACCUGAAAAAAGAAGACAACACGGAAGUGGGGAAACAACGUUUGAAAAGCCCCAUAGCUGUCGUACCGUCUCAGGGAUACGUCAGCAAGGAUCAUUACAGUAAAGUAUCCAUUCAAUGGUUAGAAUGGUUGAUGUACCGAAGUCGACAACGAGGGACACCACGACAUAUCCGCCACGCUCUCAAUGGGGGAGAACACCACGUUCCAGACACGAAUUAUCGAUGUGAUGGAUUUGUCGGGAAUCCUGAGGGGAAAGGCACCAUCUACGAAUUUUAUGGUUGUGUGUACCAUGGAUGUCCGGAGUGCUUCACACAGGAGCGAUCAGAUGUCAAACAUCCAGCCACAAACCAGACGUUAGACGAACUGUACAAGAUGACUAAAAAGCGAGAACGAGAACUUAAAGAGCUUGGAUACGAUCUGAUCGUAGUAUGGGAGCACCAGUUUCGACAUCAAUUGGAUAAUAAUACCGAAUUGCAGCAAUUCGUUUCCACGCUGGAUUUAGAAGACAGACUUGAUCCCCGUGACAGUUUCUUUGGUGGUCGGACCAAUGCCGUGAAACUUCAUUAUGAGGUGAAAGAAAACGAGAAAAUCCAGUAUUACGACUUCACAAGUCUCUAUCCAUGGACUAAUAAAUAUUGUCGUUAUCCCGUGGGUCAUCCGACCAUUAUUACGAACGAUUUUCAGGACAUAUCAAAUUAUUUUGGACUCGCUAAAGUCAAAGUCCUACCACCCAAAAAACUGUAUCACCCCGUGCUCCCGUAUCGCUCCCAAGGAAAACUGAAGUUUCCAUUGUGUCGAACCUGUGCCGAUGCCGAAAAUCAACACGCUUGUACUUGUUCUGUUGAGAAAAGGGUAAUCACGGGGACGUGGUGUACUCCUGAAAUCCAAAUGGCAGUGAGAAAAGGUCGUCUUCAGUAUGACCCCACAACAGGUGAGGGGGGUUUGUUUGCAAAUUACGUUAAUACAUUCCUUAAGAUAAAACAGGAAGCCUCCGGAUUCCCACCCGAGUGUGACAGUGAAGAGUCGAAACAAGAAUACAUUCGACAAUAUAAAGAGAACGAGGGUAUAGAUUUGGAAUACGAUAAAAUUCAGAAAAAUCCAGGUUUGCGCUGUUUAGCUAAACUCUGUCUCAACAGUUUUUGGGGGAAAUUCGGUCAGAGGCUCAACAUGAAACAGUCCAAGUUCUUUCAUGAAUCUGACUUUGACAAGUUUUUUCAGCUUCUCUCAGAUCCUACAAAAGUCCCUCAUAAUUUUCACAUUAUAUCCAGAGACACCCUCCAAUUCGAAUGGAGUAACCAUCACUUGUUCAUGCCUUCAGAUUGCAAAACAAAUAUAUUUUUAGCAAGUUUCACUACUGCACAUGCGCGUUUGCGCUUAUUUGGUGUAUUGGAUCGAUUGGGGGAAAACGUGCUAUACUUUGAUACAGAUAGUGUUAUUUUUAAAACUCUCAAGUCUGACGACUAA